AGGGUCGGAAGGGGACUCUUGGCUCGGAGCUGAGCGCCUGGAGCCGGGGUGCGGGCACUGGAGCAGCGGCUCUCCGCACUAACUCUCCCGCCUCGUCAGCUGGGCCCCGGCCUCAGAGCCCGGCAACUCGCGGCCGUCGCCGUGCAGCCCGAGGGCCCCGCGUCUCCGCUGCACGUGCCGCGCCCCGCGCGCCCCGUCUGGCCGCCGCGAUGAGCGAGGAAGGGAGAGUCCACAACUUUGAACUGCAGAGGAAACAAAAAUACCCUCAGGGGGAAUUGGCAGCUACUGCCGAGAUGAUGGAAUGGAACAUUGGAGUGCGUCAGGCCCAGAGCUUAACACUAAAACAUCCCCAGCAACCAACCAGGCACCUGGCCCAGAGGAAAAGGGGAAAGCUGGCAAUGCCAAGAAGGCUGAGGAGGAGGAGGAGAUCGACAUCGAUCUGACGGCACCAGAAACAGAGAAGGCUGCCCUUGCUAUUCAGGGCAAGUUCCGGCGAUUCCAGAAAAGGAAAAAGGAUCCCAGUUCCUGAACAACCAGCCUUACCCUUCACCUUGCUCCCUUCUCUCCCCUUUUCCACAGCUCUGACUCCUGCGUGUCUUUGUCUCUGUGUCCCUCUAGCUUCUCACUGAAGCAAGUUCAACCCUUAUACAUUAUUUUCUCUGGCUCCCUCAAGCCAUUGCAGCUGUAGAGGCACAAGGAACACGAGGAAGAUGAAGAAUUCAAUAGGCAGCCACUUGCCUAAGGGUGGAACAUUUUCUUCUUGGGAUAUGGCUCCUUGAUCAGUACCUAUGCCUGUGCUAUGAGGUUGAAGAACAAGAGGCUUUGAGGUUGAGAGAGGGACCCCGACAAUGUGGGAGGGAGGGGAAACCCUUCAGAAUAGGGUGCCCGAGGGUGGGGCAUAUACACUGUUCCUCUGGUUACAACAUUCACAUUUCAGGUAGCAUUUUUACCCUUCACAUCCUACAAGGUAAGCCAGGGGACUGGAGCCUCCCUUUCCCCUAGGCAGACCUAAAUCAAGCUGCUCCCAUGUUAGUGCAUGCUGAGUAGAUUAGUCCCAAGGAAGGGAGACUAGCACUGGUAGAGACAAGGAAGAGUUUCCUUCAUCAUCUAAUCUAGACCCAUAAGGGGCAGAAGUGGAAGAGGUUCAGGGGGCCACAGGCAGAGAAAUGGGAAGAUUUGGGAAGGAAAGCAAAAUGAAGGCGGAGAAGAUCUCUAAAGACACAAGUUACUGCUGGUGAAAGUGUACUAUGUGAAGGAUUCUUGGGGCUUUGCUAACCUGCCUACCUCUAACCCUCAUGUCUAGCUACCCCCAGAGGCCACACAAACCCAGUGACCCCUGUAGCCCCCCUGCCCCACUCUGGAGUCAGAGCAGAAUUGGAACAGCCAAUCUAUGUGAUUUUAGCAUGUUUAGUAAUUAUGAAAACAAUAAAAAACCCUCAAGUUGGGGCCAUUCGA